AUGGCGGCGAUGGCCACACUGUGGCGGAAAGCAUGAGACCACGUGAAGACCAAGGAGUUCCGGGAUUCCGUGACCAGCACACACUUUUGGGGUCCCCUGGCCAACUGGGGCCUACCGCUGACUGCCUUUAGGGACAUGAAGGCGUCUCCGGAAAUCAUCAGCAGCCGCAUGACAACAGCGCUCAUCUUCUACUCAUUGGCCUUCAUGUGCUUCGCUUACCGCGUACAGCCUCGAAACCUGUUGCUGAUGGUCUGUCACGGCGCCAACUUGACGGCGCAGAGCAUGAAGGCCGCCCGCUACCUGGGCUACAAUUAUGGUGCGUGCGCGUGCGACCCCAAUCUGCAGUCCUUGAAGUGA